AUGAAACUGGCUAUCUGCAACGAAAUGUUUGAGGAUUGGCAGAUCGAAGAUGUCUUUUCGUGCGCUGCCAAACUCGGCUACGAUGCGGUGGAGCUUGCACCUUUCACGCUCGCGGAAUCGGUGUUGGACAUCAGCCAAACCGAGAGAGAUCGCAUCCGAAAAGCGGCGGAUGCAGCGAAGAUUGAAAUCGCCGGACUUCACUGGCUGUUGGUCUCGCCAAAGGGGUUGCACGUCAAUCACCCCGAUGGAGCCAUCCGCGAGAAAACACGGGACUAUUUUUUCGCGCUGAUUGCGUGUUGCGCCGAUCUGGGUGGAAGAUUAUGGUCAUCGGUUCGCCCAAUGAACGCAACAUACUGGAUCCACUGA